AUGGCGAACACUCUACGGCAACAUCUUAAUCUUGUGGCACUGAUUCUGUUCUUAUCUAUUGGAGGCAGUUCAGAGGCACUGCUCCAGUUGGACGUAUUGCUGGCAGAGCCCAUGCGCAACAUUCCCCAUUUCAAUGUGAUGCUUCGUCGCGCUCGGUUCCAGGAGGAUGCGGCAAAUGACAAUGCACGCUGGUUUAUGCAACACACGGAUACGCCACAUUGCACGCACAUCUACGAUGAGCAACAGCCGCUGGGGAUGGCCAACAGUCAACCCAGCCUGGAUAAUCGAGACAGCAUGGUUCUGGUCGUUAGCUUAGCCCAGUUGAUCUCCAAUAGCGGAGCUGUCCGAUCAGCUCAGCGCGCAAGCGUCUUUUUCUUCAUCGUAGGCGAUCACGUGGAUGAAUUGAACCUGCAACAAAAACGGGAACUGGAGCAAAGCUGCCGGCAGCUGUGGACUCGGUAUAGAGUAUACAAUCGCUACAUACUUACCGAUACUGAAAUCUGGAUCUAUGAUCCGUUUGCACCCAACGAUCUGGACGAUGGGAAUCGUUACACACAUGAAAUGGGGUACGGAGACACUUUUGAGGAUUCCUUUGGCCGCUUGGUGAGCUAUGUGGGUGGCGAACCACUUCCCAUAUUGCUGUUCCACGAUAUGCGGGGAUAUCCUUUGCGUGUGCAGAUAUUCAAGUCUGUCUAUGCCCGUCCAAUCUUGGAUCCCCAUACGGGACUAAUGCGUCGCAUCUACGGCGUUGAUUGGCAGGUGGCACAAACACUUCGUGAUCGUCUCAACUAUAGCAUGCAGCUACAGGAGCCAGACAAGAACUACUUUGGGGAGCGAAUCGCCAACGGCAGCUACAAUGGAGCAAUUGGAUCUAUUUUAAACGAUGGUCUGGACAUUUGCUUAACCGGGUUCUUUGUAAAGGAUUAUCUGGUGCAGGAAUACAUGGACUUCACAGUGGCCGUUUAUGAUGAUCAGCUAUGCAUAUAUGUGCCCAAAGCGAGACGCAUUCCUCAAUCCAUACUACCCAUCUUUGCGGUGGGCUAUGACAUUUGGCUGGGCUUCAUUCUAAUGGCCUUUGUGUGUGCUUUCAUCUGGCUUCUGUUGCGACUGACUAAUCUACAGCUGCGUAUUGUAUAUGUUGCCGGUCAGAGGUUAUGGCAACAGGCGCUGGGUAUUGUGGUGGAUACGUGGGUGAUUUGGGUGCGGGUUAAUCUUUCGCAUUUGCCGGAGAGCUAUGCGGAACGGAUGUUCAUUGGAUCGCUGUGCUUAGUGAGUGUGAUCUUUGGAGCCAUCUUUGAGUCGAGCUUGGCCACCGUCUAUAUACAUCCGCUGCAUUACAAGGACAUAAUUACGAUGCAGGAUCUGGAUGAUAGCGGACUGAAGGUUGUGUAUAAGUACACCUCCAUGGCCGAUGAUUUGUUCUUCAGUGAGACAUCGCCCCUAUUUGCUAGCCUGAACAAAAAGCUUUGGUGGAAUCGAGACCUGGAUGCGGAUGUGACCAAUGAAGUUGCCACCGUUGGCGGAAAGGCCGGCGUAUCGCGUUAUUCGUCCUUGACAAUGGAGUCCGCCAACUAUUUGCUUAUGAAACGCAUUUGGGUGGUGCCCGAGUGCCCCAAAUACUAUACCAUCUCGUACGUUAUGCCAAGGGAUGCACCUUGGGAGGAGGCAGUCAAUGGGAUACUUCUUCGCCUGUUGAACGCUGGCCUCAUCGACAAAUGGAUCCACGAUCAAAAGUACAAAAGGACCGUGAAAAUGCAUACUGCAAUCUAUCAGACUGAAAGCGAAAGCAGUCAAGUUCGUGUUCUUACCAUUGGUGACCUCCAACUCGCCUUCUAUGUGGUUAUCGUUGGCACCUUGCUCGGUUGGAUGGGAUUUCUGGCGGAGCACGCUUGGGCUCGCUACAGAACCUUUAAGAAAAUCUAA